AUGGGCGACACAAGAUUGCCGACGGCUAUCCAGACGAGCAAGCGUGCUCUCAAGCUCCUGUAUGAAGAGCUGCAGGAGGAGACGACAGUCGGCGAAGAUCUGCUAGCAGGAACCAAACCCGUCAACCAGAUAAGUCCGUUUCUUUGUGGUUUAAAGGAAUUGUUGGAAAGAACGGAAGCUAACUUGGAUGAUUUUGUUGAGAAUGUGGAGGUAUAUGAGCCAAAGGGUAAAGAAAACAAAGAAAUUAAGAAUGGCUUGGAGGAUGAGGCUGGGUUAUGGACAGAGACACUAGAGAAGGGUUUCAAACUCCAGAGAAAAUUGAGAAAAAUGGAAUUGGAGUCAGGCGUCCAGCCUACAAUGCAGACAGACUCUACCUUGCUUGAGAUUACGAAAUUGAUUGGGACGCAAGCUAACACCCAAGAGUCAACCCAAAAUCUUCUAAAGAGAUUGGUAGAGCGGGAUACUAGACCCAUAGUAGAGCAGGAUACUAGAACCGAAUCGAAGCCCCAGACAACUGCCAGAUUACCCAAAUUGGAGCUAAAGCAUUUUGAUGGGGACAUAAUGGAGUUCCAAGAGUUUUGGAACAUUUUCGAUGCUACUAUUCAUGACAACUCCUCCUUGUCACCAGUUGAAAAAUUGAGCUAUCUCCGUGAAUGUGUGGGAGGGAAAGCACAAGACGUGCUGAAAGGUUUAAGAAUCUGUAAUGCAAAUUAUGAAGUUGCCCGGGAUCUGCUUGAGAAGAGGUACGGGAGUAAGCAAGCUACGGUGGAUGCCCACUACACUGCCUUAAUGGAGAUGUCGGCCUGCACCUCAAAAAUCGAAAGUUUGAGGUCUUGUGUUGACAAAAUUGAAGUGCACCUCAGGAGCCUUGAAGCACAGGAUGAGGAUGUAUCGCAAAAGGUGUUCAUUACAAUAAUCUUGAGCAAGCUCCCCAGUGAUGUGAAAUUACAACUUGAGCUCACCAAACAGCACGAUGAAUGGACAAUUAGUGAGUUGCGUUUGGCACUAUCGCACUUACUAAAGGCAAAAGAGAAUGCAGAAGGACCAGCCGCAUGCAAAGGUCAACAAUCAUGGCAACAUGCCAAUCACUCAAAGAAGAUACUAUCAACAGGGCAGUCUCUACUUGCGGGUGCUGGUGUAGCUCGUACUAUCAAAUGUAUGUAUUGUGAUGGAAAGCAUUACUCUGAUGAAUGUCAAAUGUACAAAUCGCUAGAUGAACGGAAAACACGGUUGGGUAUGAAAUGCUACAUCUGUCUGAAAGCGGGACAUGGAGCAAGAGCUUGCAUGAAUGCUAGAACAUGCUACCAUUGCAAACGCAAAUCCCACCACAGAAGUCUGUGUCCACAGAAGUUCAAGUCAAAUGAAGAGCGAAAAAAUGAUGGGAAGCAUCAUGGUGAUGGACAAAAACAGGCACACACUUUGAAUGCAAUGGCAGAGACAUUUGAACCAACACAAGAUGAGGCAAUGGUUUCUCACACACAAGGGCACAGGGUUCUAAUGCAAACUGCUUUGACUACUGCAACAAAUGAGGAAGGCAACAGGUCACAGACUGUAAGGAUCUUGUUUGACACGGGUUCAUCGAGAACAUACGUCAGUGAGAAUGUCAGCAAAGCAUUGGGACUCAAACAAGAGGGAAGUGACAGAAUUUCACUUGCAACCUUUGGUGCAACACACAGAUCGGUAAAGGAAUACCCUGUAGUCAAUUUGCACAUCAAGCAGAAGAAUGGUGAAUUAGCUUCCAUACAGGCAAAUGUUAUCAACAACAUUUCGUGUCCACUACAGAAAGUACCUUUGAGCACAGCAAAGCACUCUAGCUUACAGAAGCUUAUCUUAGCAGAGCCUCUAUGCAAUACACCUGAAGCAAUGCCUAUUGAUAUCUUAAUUGGAGCAGACCAAUACUUUCAAUUUGUUGGCAGCGAAAGAUUGGAAUACCCAGAUGGUCUCAUUUUGAUCGAUUCCACUCUUGGGUUUUUGGUGGCAGGCAAGGUGAAAUCGAACGGAAAUGGUGAUCACACACUAAUGUGCCAUGAGGCGCUCUCGUUAGUUGCGGCAGAAGCAUGUGCACCGAAAGAAUUCGACUUGGAACGUUUUUGGAAUCUUGAAAAUGUUGGCAUCAGUGAGAAAGAAAUGGAAACGGAAGACGACACUGCGCUAGAAUCAUUCAAGAACAGUGUGCGCUUUGUAAAUGGGCGGUAUUUUGUCUCCUGGCCUUGGAAACAUGAAGAUCACAACAUACCGGAAAACUUACAACUCGCCAGUGGCAGAUUGCGUGCACUCGUAAAACGUCUUCCCACCGACGUACUUACAACCUACCACCACACAAUUCAAGAGCAAUUGGCAAGCGGAGUGAUUGAAAUGGUCGACACAUCAAAGGAGCCUGAGGGCACUGUGCAUUAUAUCCCGCAUCACUGCGUGAUAAAAUCCACUAGCGAGUCGACCAAAAUGAGAAUCGUUUAUGACGCGUCCGCAAAGGCUAACAAGCAAAGCCACAGUUUGAAUGAAUCACUGUAUCGCGGUCCCGUCAUGUUGCCCGACUUGUGUGGCAUACUGCUGCGGUUCAGGAUGUCACCGGUAGCCAUCUCUAGCGACGUAGAGAAGGCUUUCUUACAGAUCGGCCUAAACCAACCAGAUCGGGAGUGUACGCGAUUUUUGUGGGUCGCGGAUCCAACCAAACCAGCAACCGGCGAGAACCUGGUAACUUUUCGUUUUUGUCGUGUACCUUUCGGAGUAGUAGCAAGUCCUUUUCUUCUCUCCGCAACGAUCCAACACCAUUUGUCAGAAACACAGCCAGCUACGGCUGAUGAGGUCACCCGAAACAUCUACGUCGAUAAUGUACUUGGUAGUGCAGAAGAUACGGAAUCAGCGCAGCAGUACUACAAGCAGCAGAAGCAGAUUUUCAACGAAGCUUCGAUGAAUCUACGACAAUGGGCAUCCAACGACCACGAGUUCAUCUCUUCACUGCCGGAGAAUGAUCAAGUCAAAGGUAACUGCACGAAAGUUCUAGGCAUGGGCUGGGAUACCCAGGAUGACGUAAUUUGGGUACCACCGCCAAGGGCAUUUCAUGAGAUCGAAACAAAACGUCAGCUACUACAAUGUAUUUCGUCAGUAUUCGACCCAAUGGGUGUAGUCAGUCCUGUCACGGUUGAGGCGAAAAUCAUCAUGCAGGAGCUUUGGAAGAGAAAAUUUGGGUGGGAUGAUAUCUUACCAGAUGAUGUACGCAAAGAAUGCCAGAAAUUGUGUGAUUCACUGCUGUCACUUAGUGGAAUAAAAUUGCCAAGGUUUGUGGGUACUCGAACUGAUGACGGUUCAACUCCCAAGUAUGAACUACACGUUUUUACUGACGCAUCCGCACAUGCGUAUGGUGCAGCUGCGUACCUACUCACUACUUGUGGCGAUAAUGUUUCAGUGGACCUGAUAUUUAGCAAGAGUCGCAUUGCGCCAACCAAGCCCACAUCCAUUCCUAGGUUGGAACUCUUUGCUGUAGUACUUGGUACAAAGAUGGUCAAAUUUCUUAGAGAGCAAGUACCAUUCGAGCUCAGCAAGACGCACAUAUGGACCGACUCAAAAUGUGCACUAGCAUGGGUAACUGGAAAUCAACAGCGGCCGCAAUUUAUUGCAAGAAGAAUUAGAACCAUUCACGAGGUGAAUAAUGUCAUGUACGGUCAUGUUUCUGGGAAAGAAAAUCCAGCUGAUAUUGUUUCUCGAGGAGCUAAUGCAACGAGUUUACAGCAGAACACCUUGUGGUGGGAGGGUCCAACGUGGUUGAAGUCUGGUUCCUAUCCAGAAAGUAUGUUUCCAGCAAUGCAAGCGACGGGAAGUGAAAUGCCAAUUUGUGAGGAAAAUGCGGACGAAGGUCCCUCUCCCGAAUCGGCCUUUGUUAGCAAUGAACACAAUGAGGUAGUCAACUGUGAGAAGUUCUCCUCGUUUUCUAAGCUUGUGAGAGUGAACGCAUGGGUACAACGAUUCAUACGGAAACUCAAACACGAAAAGUCGGAAAGUGAAACGAAUCUCACAGCUGAAGAAAUCGCAAUGUCAAGAGUAGCUAUCAUUCGGUAUCAUCAAGCUCAGCACUUUGGAAAUGAAAUCAAGGCAAUAGAACAAGGCAAGCGACAUCAGCUCGUCGAUGCUUUGGGUCUCUUCCUUGAUAAUGGUUUAAUCCGAUGUAAGGGUAGACUGGAGUAUUCUCACCUACCAUUCGAAAGUAAAUUUCCUCUAUUGCUAGCUUAUGGUUCACACUUAACGAGGUUAAUUGUAAUGGAACAGCACAUCUCACUUAAACAUUCGGGUGUUAGUCAGACAUUGGCUGAAUUGAGACGGAAUUACUGGGUGCCUAAAGGUCGAGCAAUGGUUAGACGGGUGAUUAAGGAAUGUCUUUUGUGCAAACGCCAUCAUGGAAAGCCAUUUGCAACACCACCAUUUGCACCUUUGCCUGAGGAACGGCUUGUCCCUGGGAGGGUGUUCGAAUCUGUUGGUCUUGAUUACUUUGGGCCAAUGUAUGUGAAAACGGAAACUGAAACAGCUAAAGUGUGGGUAUGCAUCCUCACUUGCCUAACUACCAGAGCUAUUCAUAUGGAAUUAGUUCGCAAUAUGUCUACUGAGCAAUUCCUAAUGUGUUUCAGACGGUUCAUCUCACGGAGAGGUACACCGAAGUACAUAGUAAGUGAUAAUGCCAAGCAAUUCAAGCUGUCUAAGAAUGUUAUUGAUCUUCUCUGGCUUGAGUCAAUUCAACAUAAUGAUGUAAUGGAAUUCAUUGCGGGAAAAGGUAUUAAAUGGAAAUACAUCACUGAGUUAGCUCCUUGGAUGGGUGGUGUUUACGAACGCAUGAUUGGUAUUGUGAAACGAUCUCUGAAGAAAUCAAUUGGAACUGGACAGCUUACAUUCUGUCAACUUGAAACUUUGCUAAUUGAAAUUGAGGCAAUUGUCAAUUCUAGACCACUGGUAUACGUUGGUGAGGACUUCACAAUCGAUCAUGUUCUCACGCCUGCCAAUUUCUUAACUGGGCAUAGUUCUCUUGGUCAGCCUAACUUUGUCAUUACAGAUGACCCUGACUACAUCACACAUGUCAGUAAUGCUCAACAACUCGUCAACCUGUGGAAACAGCAGCAGAAAUGUCUCAACAUUUUCUGGGAGAAGUGGUCGGCAGAGUAUUUGCAGUCGCUACGACCACAACAACACAGUCAACAAAAUUCCAAUAGCUUCAAGCCAAGUGUGAACUGCAUUGUUCUGAUCAAGGAUGUUGAUCGGCCGCGCAGCUGCUGGAAAAUAGGAAGAAUCGCGCAGCUACACCAAAGCACAGACGGCGAAGUGCGAUCAGUGACGCUACGUAUGCCAUCUGGGAGUUCCAUGAACCGGCCGGUAAGCCAUCUCUAUCCAUUAGAGUGUUCAUCAGGCGAAGUAACCACUGCAGAAGUGACAGAGCCUGCAAUUGCGCCACUGCCUGAACGCCCGCGACGCAAUGCAGCAACAGCAGCUACAAUGCGCACCCGUGAUCUGAUCGAAGAUGGACAAGUAUAG